GAUUUUGCUUUCAAAAUAAAGAGCCCAUUUUUGUUUAGAAUUGAUCACUGUAUCUAAAUUUAUUACCAAAGUUGCGAGAAACUGUUAGCAAGGUCUCACAACCUUCACCGUUUAAACUUAUACAAGCUUAUCUAUGCUACACAUUAGUUUUUAAGAGGCAAUAAUAACUACUAAGUUCAAAAGCAUAAAACAACACUCCAAGAAAUAAAGAAUUACUGUUAAAUGAACAAUUCCAUUAAGUCUUCAACAUGUUUUUGGGAUUAAUACUCAUUCAAAACAUAAUUUCUUGUAUUUCAUAUGGUCACCUGACCAGGAUAUACUGCAUUUUCGCUACAUGUUUUCCGCAAUUUCUGAUAGACCAAAGGAUGAGAGUAAAUUAGGUAAUUAAUGUCGUUAGUACACAAGCAUUUAGUUUAAUAAUCAGUAGUCUUUUUAAGUUAUCAUAGUCUUAUUAAUUUAUGGGUAUUGAUUUUCCUAGGUUUGUAGAGUAUAAUUUAACAUUGAACUUGUUCCCAAGAAAAGUAUGGAAUACAUUAAAAAUGCAUAAAAUCAAUAAAAUAUUGAUUAUUAAAUAAGAACAAAUAAAACUCUGUCUGGAAAUUGUCAUAUUUGAUUUCAUUUCCCCGGAGAAUACCUACUGCAGUUCACAAAGUGGUAACAAAUAAAAUAAUAUAAAAUAAAGGAUGGAACACUAUAAACAACAACUUUUACACAAGUCAGAACAAGUGAAGGAGAAACUAAUGGAAGAAUUUAAAGAAAAAGGAGAUCAAAUUAAAGAUACCUUAAACAACGUCUCUCAGAAUGUACAUGACAUAAAAGAUGAAGUAAUUCUCAACUUUCUUGGUGGGAACUGUCCUUGUGAUAAAGUAAUCGAAUGCAGAUCUGAUACAUUCACACUAAGGGAAGUCGACAUGAGAGAAGAUGGACUUGUUAUAUAUUUACCAGAGAAGAAUAUAUCUAACAAACCUAUCAACGAGCUUGUCCUGCACAAGCCUUUAGGAGAAACUCUUGUGCAUAGUUACAGUUUAUAUCGUUCAGAAGAUAUAGAGGAAUGUCGCAAAAAAUUUAUUUCUCUCCAUGACAAACUACCUCCAUUUAUCGAAGUGGCAAAAGAGAUGUUUAAUGCACAGGGACUCCAAAAAGUUUGCGAUGUACUCGCCGUUCAUCCGCUCUGGACUACAGCUCACUUGGCAGCCUAUUUCGACCUUUACGAGUCAUUCGGUAAUCCCAAAAUUAACAGCUUAAUAAACAGCAGUGACGAAAAGGGCGUGUCGCCGUUGCAAGUGGCGAUCCAAGAGCACAAUUUGAAGACCGUACGAACGCUUGUUGCUGCUAACAGCGCGCUCGACCACGUUGACCAUGAUAACAAUUCGAUUUUCCAUUAUGCCGCCACUACAACUAAGGACAUUAUUGCGAUUCUAGCUCAAAGCUGUCCACCCAAAUGUCUGAAUCUGAGAAACAAAAAUGGACACAACCCGUUACAUUUAGCAUGCUUAGCAGACAAGCCGGAUUGUGUCAAAGCAUUGCUCCUCGCUGGAGCGGACGUAAACAAGAGUGCCGACGAUACAACAACUGCAGGCGAUAUUGGACCAGGAUAUGUCGGUAAUUUUUUGCAGGAUAAUCCCAAUACUCUUUACCACGAUGACAUGAAGUACGGCGGUACGCCGUUGCACUGGGCCCGAUCUCGACAAGUUGUAGAAGCUCUAUUAGAAGUCAAUUGCAAUAUAAAUGUAGGUAAUUUCGACCAGAGUACCGCUUUACAUGUCAUGGUCGAAAGAAAUAGGUUAGACUGUGUGGUUACUUUGUUAAGUAGGAACGCAAACGCUGAUCUUCCCAAUAAGGACGGCAACCGACCAAUCCAUCUUGCGGUCAAAAAUGGUAACCUGCCUAUCUUGCAAGCGCUGAUAGUAUUUGGUGCUGACCUGAACAUUUUAAACAACGCAGGGGAGUCUCCAAGACAUCUUAUUACCGCAGAACAAGAACCAAAACUACUGUACUAUCUUCACGUAGUCGGUGCUAAAAGAUGUCCUCCUAAAAUCGCGGGCUGUACCGACGGCUGUGUGGCUGGUGGCACUUACGAUGGUAUUCCUCCGCCAAAGGUUAUUGGUCCAGCGAAUCGUGACAUCUUGAACCAACUACUAACAGCGGCCGGUAUAGAAGAAGCGUCAAAAAAGCUCAAAAACGGCACUCUUCCGAAGAAGGGUCGUUUGUUGUGUUUGGACGGAGGCGGCAUUAGAGGUCUGAUUUUGGUGCAAAUGUUACUGGAACUCGAAACACUUUUUCAGAAACCAGUGAGUUUUUGUUUUGAUUGGUUGGCAGGAACCAGCACCGGAGGGAUUUUAGCGUUAGGUAUCGCUACUGGAAAAACAAUGAAAGAAUGUCAAAAUAUAUACUUUCAAAUGAAAGAUCAUACUUUCGUCGGCAACAGGCCGUACUCGUCCGAAAAUUUCGAAAAUAUCAUGAAAGAAACGUUCGGUCACGAGUCUGUAAUGUCCGACAUCAAACACACCAAGGUGAUGAUAACGGGCCUGCUGGCCGAUAGGAAACCCGCCGAGCUACAUUUAUUUCGAAACUAUACGAGUCCGAACGAUAUUUUGCGGGUGAAACACGAUUCCCCGUACGAAUUGCCGCCCCCACCAGAGCAGCAGUUCAUUUGGCAAGUUGCCAGAGCGACCGGUGCUGCCCCCACUUACUAUAGAGUAUUCCAGAGGUACCUGGACGGAGGUCUCAUAGCGAACAACCCGACUCUGGACGCUAUAACCGAAAUUCAGGAGCACUGCCUGGCGUUGAGGGCAUUGGGCCGUGCAGACGAGGCGAGUCCCGUAUCUUUAGUUGUAAGUUUGGGCACCGGCGUCAUUCCAGUCACGAAAUUAGAGUCGGUGGAUGUCUACAGACCUGAACGUUUGUGGGAUGCCACGAAGUUACCAAAGUUGUUCGUCGGUCUUUCUAAUUUGGGCACAUUAUUGGUCGAUCAGGCCACUCAGAGUGACGGAAGAGUGGUGGACCGAGCGAGAGCGUGGUGCUCUAUGAUCGGAGUGCCUUUUUUCCGGUUUUCGCCCCAGAUAUCGGAAGACAUACCGAUGGACGAAAAGUCCGACGAAAAGCUGUGCAACAUGCUGUGGGAAACAAAAGCGUACAUGCACGAGAACGCGAGUACCAUGAAAGAACUGGCCGAUGUAUUGUUAACGAACAAUUGAGGGGCUCGAUACUGUCGACAUUAAAAUUUAUUUCGUUUAGUUAAUUCCAAUCUGUUAGUUGCUAGUAAAAUUAAAGAGGUAGGUGCUCCAAGUAAGGCCCUGGUACCGAAACAUAAUUUUUAUUUCUUAAAACUCAUAGAAUGCGAUUUAAGGAUACAAACUAUACCUAUCUAUUAUUUUUCAAAGAUGCUACAAAUAUAUUCUUCAUCGUCUGAGGCAAUACAACCCAAGCAUUCAUCAUGAGGCCUUUCAACAAUUUUUGAUCAAAUAUUUUUUCCUAUUGCUGCAGAUUCAGCAUAUUUUUCAGAAGUUUUCUUGGAUACGCGAUCAUCGAAUAAGAUUUUCUGGGCGUUGGCAUCAACUCUUGAAAAGCAAGAGAUCAUUUUUUGAGUUCAUCUUCACCCCAUGUUCGAUUUCAAAACGAUAAGCGUGAGCAACAAAUAAGGUGCAUGCAAAGUUUGGUUAUUUUGCAAUAUCGCAAAAAUGAAAUUUGUUCCUAAUCUUAUAGCCAAUAGUACAUGUAUGAUUCACCUACCUGAUGAAGAUGAAAAUACAAGAAAUUGUAUUUUAUACACAACAAAUUUAGUAAACAAACAGCAAAGACAAUAAGGAGUCUAGAAAAAGGGAGAAAUUCCCAAAAAUCGCGAAUUUGAUAACUUAUUGUCACUCGGGGGCCUUAUUUGUCGCACCUACCUUAACAUUAUUAAGUGUGUAAACCAUAUCUAACUCAAUAUUUAUUACUAAAAAUUUUCAAUAAAUGUUAACCUAUUUUCGAUUUUUU